GGGCCGCGCGCGGGCGGCGCCGCCAUGGACGCGCUGAGCCGGGCCGGGCCGCGGGGCCGCCGCGCCGCCGCCGCCUCCCCCCUGCCCUGGGGCCGCUUCGCCGCCUGGAUCGACUGCGUGUGUGUGGUGACCUUCGACCUGGAGCUGGGACAGGCCAUGGAGCUGGUGUAUCCCCACGACUUCAGGCUCACCGAGAAGGAGAAAACGAGCAUCUGCUACCUGUCCUUCCCAGACUCCUACUCAGGUGGCCUCGGGGACACCCAGUUCAGCUUCCGGCUGCGCCAGGCCGGGGGUUCCCGGAGCUCCCCGUUCCAGGAUGACGGCAGGUACAACCGGGAGGCCCCGCUGACGCUGCAGCGAGAGGCUGCUCACUAUUUCGGGUACGUGUACUUCCGGCAGGUCAAGGACAGCUCCAUGAGGAGGGGCUACUUCCAGAAGUCCCUGGUGCUCGUGUCCCGCCUUCCCUACGUGAACCUGUUCCAGUGCCUGCUGCAGCUGAUUGCUCCGGAGUACUUCGACAAGCUGGAGCCCUGCCUGGAGGCAGUGUGCAACGAGAUCGACCAGUGGCCACCCCCAGUGCCUGGCCAGACCCUGAACCUGCCCGUGAUGGGAGUUGUCAUCCAGGUGAGGAUCCCGUCCCGGGUGGACAAGCCAGGCUCCAGCCCAGUGAAGCAGUGCAACCAGGAGAAUCUGUUACCAGCCCCCCUGGUUCUCCCCAGUGUUCAUGAGCUGGAUCUGUUCAGGUGCUUCCAGCCAGUGCUGAUCCACAUCCAGAUGCUGUGGGAGCUGAUGCUGCUGGGGGAGCCCAUGGUGGUGAUGGCACCGUCCCCAACCGUGUCCUCAGAGAUGGUGCUGGCCCUCACCAGCUGCCUGGCCCCGCUGCGUUACUGCUGCGACUUCCGGCCCUACUUCACCAUCCACGACAGCGAGUUCAAGGAGUACACCACGCGCACCCAGGCCCCGCCCAACAUCGUCGUGGGCGUCACCAACCCCUUCUUCAUCAAGACCCUGCAGCACUGGCCGCACAUCCUGCGGGUGGGCGAGCUCCGCAUGUCAGGAGACCUGCCCAAGCAGGUGAAGGUGAAGAAACUGGCCAAGCUGAAGACCCUGGACACCAAACCAGGAAUCUACACUUCCUAUAAAACAUUCCUUCACAAAGACAAAACCCUGAUCAAAAGGCUACUGAAGGGCAUCCAGCGGAAGCGCCCCUCGGAGGUGCAGAGCGCUCUGCUGAGGAGGCACCUCCUGGAGCUCACCCAGAGCUUCAUCAUCCCCCUGGAGCAUUACAUGGCCAGCCUGAUGCCUCUGCAGAGAGCCAUCACUCCGUGGAAGAAUCCCCCCCAGAUCCGCCCGUUCUGCCAGGAGGAUUUCAUGAAGAGCCUGGAGCACGCCGGCCCCCAGCUCACCUGUGUGCUCAAGGGGGACUGGCUGGGGCUCUACAGGCGAUUCUUCAAGUCCCCCAACUUCGACGGCUGGUUCCGGCAGCGGCACCGCGAGAUGACCCAGAAGCUCGAGGCCCUGCACCUGGAGGCCAUCUGUGAGGCGGACAUCGUGGCCUGGAUGAAGGACAAGUCUGAGGUGGAGAUCGUGGACCUGGUGCUGAAGCUGCGGGAGAAGCUGGUGAGGGCUCGCUGCCAGCACCUGCCCGUGAAGGAGGAGACCCUGCAGAGGGUGGGUCUCUACAUCGACACCAUCAUCGGCUCGCUGCCCGAGGACCUGCAGACCGUGCUGCACCACCCCUGAGCGGGGGCUCCCGGAGCCAGAGAGCCUCGCCAGGCUGUCCCAGCCCGCUCCCGGCCGCUGGGGCAGCUCCUGCCCGGUCCGGAUCCGGCCGGGAUCGCGCCGGGGGCGCGGGGCGGAGCUGCUCCCGGAGCUGGGCUGGGGCUGUCCCUGCGGAACCGGCCCGGGGUGGCAGCGGCAGGCCAGGAGGGACCCCAGGGCUGCGGGCGGGUGAGCCCGCCCGGACACUUCAUCCUCACCCCGCUUGGAUCCUCGGCAUUCCCGCAGCCCCAUCCCGCCCGGGCGGAGCAGGAGCAGCCCGGCAGGGGGCUGUGCUCUGAGGACGGGCAGGAGGUGACAGUGCCGUCCCUGCCCCUGCCCAGCCGCGGGGAGCAGGAGGAGCGAUCGCUGGACACGGACAAGAGCUGCUGUGUUUCUCCAGGGCAGAGCCAGAGGAGGGGCUGGAGCACCCGCAGGGAUCAGAGCUCCCCGGACUGCCUGGGGCCGGCUGCUGGGAGGAGCUGGCCCCAAAUCCUAUUUAUUCUGCUUGAAAACCCAGCCUGAGCUCCAGGGACAAGGGGGCUGGGGCUCUGCCCGAGGCGCUGGGAGAGCUCCCGCCAGCCCCUUCCCAAUAAAACCUGGAGACGCUGAUGGC